AUGUCGGACAUCUUCAGGCCGCUGUUUCGAUCGGUGGAAGACAAGGUCGCGAAUAGACGGGAGCAACUGCGCAAGGCACAGAAGACGUUUCGCGACCGACGCGACCAGUACCUCCAGACACUGGAGAAGACGGUCCAGCGUCAACAGAGCAACGAAGCGAGGCUACAGAAUGAAGUCGAGCACCUGAAGCGUGAACUCGUGGCAACGAAACUCCGACUCGACGACCGUGAGGCCAAGCUAUCUCAGUUCCGGGAAUUGUCCGAUCCAGGCAAUCAUACACGCAAUGGUUGGCGCAACUUUGCCUACCCGUCCCGGGAGAAUGGAGCGAAUGCAUAUCCCACGCCUUCCAAUGAGAGUGCGGCCAGCGAUGCCGAGUCCUUUGCCAGCAGCAAUACCACCCUAGUCUGGAUCGAGACGAAGAACGAUCAGCCAGUGCAGCUGCAUGUGCAACUCCAGGGUGGAGAUGGCGCAAAUGCCGCGACGUCGAACACCAAUUCUCUUUCGCCGGACCCUCUUAUGCAAGCUGGCCUCCUGCCAGCAUACGUCUCGCAACUCGACGUGGUUGUUGUGGCCAUGGAAUUCGUGCUCAAGUAA